UCGCUACACCUGGAGCGUGCGUGCGAGGCAACACCUUAUUUUCAUCACUCUCUCUCUCUCUCUCUAAAACCCUAAAUUCAUCAUCAUCAUCAUCAAAAGGAUUCCUGUGGAUGUAAAAGAUGGAGAAGGCAAAUGGUGAAGACGAUAAUGGCUCCACACCCAUGGCACCCUUGCUAUCAUCGCCAUCACCACAGCCAGAAGUUAUACAGCCAGACAUGGAGACGGAGCAAGAAACCCGUCCCAAGCGUUCCGUAAUUAGUAGGCCUGGAUUUGGAAGUGCUGGAAAGCACAUUUCGUUGCUUGCUAAUCAUUUCAAAGUUUCAGUCAAGAAUCCGGAGGAGAUAUUUUACCAGUACAGUGUAUCUGUCACUUCUGAAGAUAACAGAGUAAUUGAGAACAAAUUUUUGGGGAGAAGAAUUAUCGACAAGCUUUACCAAACAUACUCCUCUGAACUUUCUGGUAAGAGGUUUGCAUAUGAUGGAGAAAAGAGCCUUUAUACUGUCGGGCCUCUCCCAAAAAACAACUUCGAGUUCAUGGUUGUUCUUGAAGAUACAUAUGCAAACCGCAGAAGCCCUGCUGAAGAUGGGAUUCUUAGUGAACCCGGUAAAAGGUUAAGGCACUCUUUUCAGGAGAAGACUUUUAAAGUAAAGAUUACUUAUGCUGCUGAACUACCGUUAAAUCCUGUUUCUCUUGGCCUUCAAGGAGCAGAUCCUGAUAAACUCGGAGAUACUUUGAGGGUUCUUGAUAUCAUUUUGAGACAACAAGCUGCUCAAAGGGGAUGUCUUCUAUUAAGGCAGUCAUUCUUUCAUGAUGACUCUAGGAACUUCAGUGAUGUUGGAGGGGGUGUCACUGGCUGCCGUGGAUUCCAUUCUAGUUUUCGUCCAACACUUGAUGGUUUGUCAUUGAAUAUGGAUGUAUCAAAUACUCUGAUUCUUACUCCAGGACCAGUGAUCGAUUUUCUAAAAGCUAACCAAAAAGCACGUGAUGCUCGGUCUAUUGACUGGGUGAAGGCCAAGAAAACACUUAAAAACUUGAGAAUUAAAACAACACACAGCAACAGGGAAUUUAAGAUCACGGGGAUGAGUGAAAAGCCUUGCAAUCAACAACUGUUUCCUAUGAGAGUGAAAAAAGACGAUGGUACAUACGAUGACCAGACAAUAAACAUUACAGUAUUUGAUUAUUUCACCAAACAUCGUAACAUUGAAGUUACGUACUCUGCAUACAUACCAUGCAUUGAUGUUGGUAAACCAAAGAAGCCAAGCUAUUUUCCUGUGGAGCUCUGCUCUCUUGUUUCACUUCAACGGUAUACGCAGGCCUUAUCUACAAUGCAGAGAGCAUCUCUCGUUGAAAGUUCAAGGCAAAAACCUCGAGAGAAAAUGCAAGCUAUAGCUGAUGGUAUGAAAAACUAUCAUUACGAUGAUGACCCUCUACUAGUUUCAUGUGGAAUAUCUAUUGACAAACAACUUGCUCAAGUGGAUGGCCGUGUCCUUGAAGCACCAAUGUUGAAGGCUGGUAACGGAGAAGAAUUUAUCCCUCGUAAUGGACGAUGGAACUUUAGCAAAAAGAAACUUUUAAGUCCCAUAAAAAUACAAAACUGGGCAGUUGCCAAUUUUUCUGCCAGGGGUGAUGCAAGUCAUCUAUCGCGGGAGCUCAUAGACUGUGGAAGGAGUAUAGGAAUUAUUAUUGAUCGCCCAUUUUCACUAAUGGAGGAAGACCCACAGAAUCGAAAAAAAGGUCCUGAAGUACGCGUAGAAAGAUGUUUGAUCAGCUUUCAGCAAAGCUCCCGGUUUUCUGACUUUCUUCUUUGCAUUUUACCAGAGAGAAAAAGUUGUGACUUAUAUGGUCCUUGGAAGAAAAAAUGUUUAAGCGACCAUGGAAUUCCCACACAAUGCGUGUGUCCUGUCAAGAUCACUGGUCAAUAUCUCACAAAUGUGCUUUUGAAAAUUAAUACAAAGCUUGGUGGGAUCAAUUCUUUGUUAGCAAUAGAACAGUCGUCUCGUAUACCCAUCAUACAUGAUACUCCAACAAUGAUAAUGGGUAUGGAUGUCUCACAUGGGUCCGCAGGUCAAUCCGACAUACCAUCAAUUGCUGCGGUUGUUGGAUCCCAUUCAUGGCCUUUGAUAUCAAGAUAUAAAGCAUCUGCUAGGUCUCAAUCAUCGAAGGUGGAAAUGAUUCAAGGUUUAUUUGAACUGCUAGAGGACGGAGAAGACAAGGGCAUGAUGAGAGAGCUACUUCUUGAAUUUUAUCGAACAAGCAAUAACCGUAAACCAACUCAAAUUAUUGUAUUCAGAGAUGGAGUGAGUGAAUCCCAGUUCAAUCAAGUGAUAAAUAUAGAGUUGGAUCAAAUGAUCAAGGCAUACCAAUAUCUUGAUGGGGUUGAUGUUCCUAAGUUCACUGUCAUUGUGGCUCAAAAGAAUCAUCACACAAAGCUUUUCCAAGCUAAUGGCCCUGAAAAUGUCCCUCCUGGUACCGUAGUAGACAGUAAAGUGGUUCACCCAAGAAAUUAUGAUUUUUACAUGUGUACUCAACCGGGAUUAAUUGGUACUUCUCGUCCUGCCCACUAUCAUGUCUUGAUUGAUGAGAUUGGUUUCUCUCCCGAUGCCCUGCAGAGUUUAAUUCUUUCACUAUCCUACGUGUAUCAAAGGAGUAGCUCGACAACUUCAAUCGUUGCACCUGUAUCGUACGCUCAUCUUGCCGCCCAACAAAUGGGCCGGUUUCUUAAGUUCAACGAUUCAUUUGAAAAUCGUUCUGGAAUGGACAGCCUCACUUCUGUAGGAAGUGUACCUAUUCCUGAGCUGCCAAAAUUGCACGAAGAUCUUGAGAACUCCAUGUUCUUUUGUUGAGGCGUGACAUUUAACUCCAAACACCAUACCUACUAAACUUCUCAGAGUUUUGUACUUGGUUGUAAAUUUGUAAGUUCCGUAGUACAAUGUGACAACAGGGUAGUCUCUGAAGUAGUUGCAUUGAAAUAUUUUCGAUCAGUUUUUGAUGGUUAGUGCAGCUGAUUAGUUUAGGGCUCACCCAACUCUCUACUGGCUUAGGAUCUAGCAAUUUUUGAGAUGUGGGUAUUAUUAUGUAGCAUAGUCAUGUGGGUGCUGGAAACUAGUCGUAACUUAAGCCUUAAUGUAGUAUGGUCCUAUUAAACUUGAUUAAA